AUGGGAGGCAUGGGUGGAGUAUUCAGAGACCAUAAAGGGGACUGGAUAAUGGGUUAUCAACACUCCAGUCCCUCAAGCUCACCCCUUCAAGCUGAAUUGGAAGCACUAAAGGAAGGAUUUUCAAUUAUUCUAACUCAUGGUUAUACUCCACCAGUGGUGGAAACGGACGCAACAAAGGUUAUCAAAAUAUUAUAUUCUAAUUGUGUCCCUUACAACUCUACUAUUGUCAAUUGCAAGUGGUUAAUGCACCAACUGAAGCAACCGAAGAUCAACCAUAAUUUUCGGGAAGGAAACAAGGUAGCUCACAGGAUGGCUAAGGAAGCACUCAAGCAUGCACGAAAACACCAACUUUUUGAUAAUCCUGUCCCUUUUGUUUUAAAUAACUUAGCAAUGGAUAAGAACGGUUAUGUGUAUUUGGUUAAAAAUAUUAGUACUAAUGUGUGUUGUAGUUUGGCCGAAACGGGGAAUUUGAAUGUCCUCGAGGCUUGUAAUUUCGUUGAUGAUGUAACUGUUGGUACUCCGUAA